GGUUAUACAGAAUGGUGCCAGGAUGUCUGGAGCCUGCCGUCUGCGCGUUCCGGAGUCUGCGCCUAAGCGCCCCUUCCUCACAGUCGUACGUUGCUGGCCCACAGAGAAAAUUAUCUUAUACAAAAACUAGUUAUUCACUAUUACGAUAUGAAUCUUCAGUUAUUAAUUAUCGUUAUCUUAAUAUCUUGUAAUAAUUGUUUGAAACAAAAAAACAUAACUGCCAAUAAACUUGAAACAAAUAACAAAAGUCUAAGUGUAAAUAAAACAAUCAAAGGCGAUGUCCCCAAGAAAGAGAACGCGACUGAGAAAAAACCGGAGAAAAUUAAAAUACCAGUGAUUAAGAAAAUAAAACCUCCGCCAAAAAUGAUAUCGCUUGAUUUAGUACGAGAGUGGGCUGAGAAAAUAUCCGAAAAGCUGCUAGAGCAAGAAGAACGUGUGGUCCAUAGGAAGGCGUUAUUACAAAAGUUCUCAGACAUUAACAUAAAAGUUCGCAAUGGAACAGCUAUAGUCCAAAAGAUGGCAAAGGAUCUCGAAGAAUUGCUACUGAGGCGAACGCAAGCUGUUGAAAACAUAAUGCGCCGCGCUGAGGAGCUUGCUAAUUUUAAUGCCACACCACCAGAGGACUACACCUUCGAUUACAGUGUUGAUUUGAACGUGUUGAAAAAAAUGGAGGUGCCUGAGAGCGAUUUGGAGAAACCCUAUGAUUGUAGAAGCUUAAACAAAGUUAACUUAGCUAGAAGUAUGCAUUUCGACGCGGAUGUGUCGAUGGCUACUUCCAGCGUAUACGUGUCACCAGAAGUUUUUGAUUGCAACCCCGAUAUAGUUAAACAUUUGUACUGGUCGGAAGGAUUGUUAUCAGUGUUCAAAGAAAAUUAUGCUCAAGACUCAACUAUGGACUUCCAAUAUUUUUGCAGUGCCAAAGGAUUUCUGCGACAUUAUCCUGCUGCCUUAUGGGAAAGUAUGUAUAAACUGAAGCUAGAUGCCGACAGUGUGUAUGAUUGCCGACUCCGCCCUUGGUAUGUAAGCGCCGGGGGAGCACCCCGUGACGUACUAGUUCUGCUGGACGCCACAGGAUCAAUGUCCAACUCUACCAACCAAGUCAUCGCGAAAAAUUUCCUACUGGCCUUACUAAACGCACUCACAGACGAUGAUCACGUCAACGUGUUAAAAUUCAAUACCAAAGUUCAAUCUCUCAUAAGGUGCUUCAACGAAAAAUUUGUACCGGCAAACCACGUGAACACGGCAGCCAUCACGUCCAAAAUGGAUCAUUACGCGUUAACCAACAAAACCGAUUUGAAAUUAGUAUUCCGCUACGCAGUGCAGAUGUUGCAGAAACAACGACACACGCCGGAUCAUCCACCUUCCUGUCAGCAGAUUAUUAUCAUAGUCACUGAUAGCGUCGACAGAAACUAUACAGAGCUAUUAAGAGAUUUAGAUCCUACCGGUCAAAUUAGACUCUUCGUGAUAUGGCUUCACGAUCCGUACGGUUUGCGCGACAGUACACGUGAAUAUGGAGAUAUAAUAACUUGCGAUCGAGACGGACACUUCGCAGAGUUAAGCACCGACGCCGAUGUUACUGAACAGGUCAUGAGGAUUCUGCGCAUUCUAGAACGUCCUCUAGUAGCGCAACGCGAACAACGCCUCAGAGUCUUCAGCGAUGUAUAUGCUCAUGUUGAGGAUCCCCGAAGAGCAGAAUACUAUUGGUCACAAAAAGAGAAUGCGGAACAAGCGUACCGAUACAGAGAGCUACGUCGCGAUAAGAAGAAUUUACUCAGCGAUCAACGCCUCUAUAAAGACUAUAUGCAUCAGGAAAGCCUUGAAAAAUAUGGCUACUAUUAUGAAGGAGAAGAUAUAAACUACCGUCUUCAAAUAAGUAUUUCAGUACCUGUGUUUGACCACAUAACGGUUGAGAAUAUUACAAAAACAUUGGAUGAGGAAUGGCAAAGGAAUUCUACGAGAACGUACCCUGUCAACAGGCUACUAGGCGUAGCUGGAGUGGACAUACCAGUCGAUCAUUUGAAGAUGCUUCUACCUUACCAUCAGGUGGGCGCUGGUGGGACUUUGUUCCUUAUUGAUCAUCGCGGCAAUAUAGUAUUACAUGAUAAUUUAAAACCUACUUUUGAUGGGGACAUUCUUAAACCUGGAUACCGCACCAUCGAUUUUUCAGAUAUAGAACAAGCGGGUAUCAGUCACCCACCUAGAUAUUACCCCCAAGAAUGGAAAGAGUUCCGCAAAGCAUUAGUGAUAGAUCAAGCACAAGGCACUAGAACUAUAUUGUCUAAGAAUAUCUUCGAGGGAGGUAUGCGAGCCAUCGUUGAAGAAAGAGAGUACCAUUGGAGUAGAAUCCUAGACCACUACACAGCUGUGGUCGUCAUUCCCAAGUACAACCGGCGGCGAGCCGUCCCCAGCGGGAACUUCACCCAAGAAUUAGCUAAGGAGUGCUUGAAAACUCUGUCCAGAUCAGACUUCUCGAUACACCCAGAUUGGCUGUACUGUCGCCAUGUGGAACCAUAUUUCGACUCCCGGAAUGCUGAAGUGCUACACUUCAUCAGGCGCCGUAGCGACGAACCGAACUUUGUAAUGAAAAAACUCAAACAUCUGUUUUCACCAAUACCACCAUCAUUAUUAGAGAAAACGUACCAAUGUGACGAGGAACUAAUGGCUCACAUGUGCAAAGAAGCAAUCGCUACGAGCCAAUGGGCCGAGGAUCAAAAAGACCCCGAUGAAGAUGCCUCCGUUCAGCUCGGCUCCGUCACAGCAUUCUUCGCUAGUGAGAGCGGGCUGUCGCGGUGGCAGCAGUACCACGCGGCCAGCCGGCACGCGGACCCGCCGAGCGGCGCGGAGUGGGCGCGCGGGCCCGACGAGCCGUGGUACGCGCGCGCCGCCGCCGCGCCCGGCGCGCUGCUGCUGCACGCGCCCGUCACGCCGCACCGCCGCCUGCGCAGCUCGGACGCCACCGUCGCCCCAGUAGGGACUCGGGCAGAGUGGCUGACAGCGGCCAGAACCAUUGGACACUCGGAAAAAGGCAUUAUUGGUGUGGCCGGAUUUCACUUUUACCCACAACAUUUGGAGGAUUUCCUUGAGCUUAUCACAAAUUUUCCUUGUAAUGAAGAGGAGGACGACUGCGAAACUAAAUGCGACGGUACAAUUUGGUCUUGCGUACUGGUGGACGAGGGUGGAUGGAUAGUGGCUGGCGACACGUCCUACACAAGGACUAGCAACGAGGACCCGGUAAGGAGGCACCUCGCCGCGGUACACCCCGCCGCCAUGGCCGCCCUGCUCGACGCCAAAGUGUUUCGUCUCAACUGGAUCCAUGAUUAUCAAGGUGUCUGCUUCAAUUAUGAGGAUAGUAAAGAUAGUGCUACCUCCAUUAUGGUACCAUCACUAUUGAAAUCAAUAUGGAGAUCUGUGACGCUUUUAUUAACGGUAUCGAGGGAGAUCGCAACAAUAUUAACGCUAUUGAUCAAUAGUAACAGAGCAUGGGCAGACACAGAAGCGGAGAAAGAGAAACGUCGUAAUCGCCUGAAACGUGAUUAUGAGCGAGAGAAGUUCGAUCGUCUAUUCGAUGAAAAGGUGCUGGUAAACCGCACCACGUUCGCAGCAUGCGACCGUUCACGCCCCAUGUACGAAUUACAGCGUACUGCGCAGGCCAUGUCAGCGCUAAAGCGUACGCCCGCCGCUUGUAGUUGGCCUCUAGGAGCUGCUAUAGUGCCGGACACCAAUCUACUCCUGCUUGCAAUUUACAACGUCUGCCCAUACACUGGCAAGCCGGUGCCAGACCCUCUCAACAACGAACCAGUCGAUAUGGUCAAAGUAACAAAGUUAAUGAAGAAAGAAGUAGACUGGAACAUGCUGGACCCGGCGAGUAGGCUCGCGUGCUGGCGCAACAUUGAACCUCUGCCGGGACGGCCGCCGCACAUGCAGUGCUAUCCACACAAUUACACACAAGAGGAGGGCUACAGACAGUGCGGCCCCUGGUUGCCCGACCCGGAUCCAGAGACGGCUAGUCACAGCGAACUAACCAAGUUGAUGCCACACGUCGUCCCCGUUCUGCUACUUAUAUAUAUAAACAAUUUAUAUGUACAGUUAUAAAGAAAAUAAAACGUCCAUUUAAAUUUCAA